UCUGGAGUUAUUUGCAGGUAGCUGUGUGGAGGCUGCAGUGCUGACAGCCAUCCUGGCUCAGGCUGGCGGUAUCCGUCCCCCUCGUGGAGGGAGGACAAUGAGUGAGACUAACCAUCAUCACCAGCGGUCAAGUAUAGGUAGAGGACGGCGUGGAAAGCAAGUGAAGGAAGACAGUGAAACCUACGAAAUAUCCAUACCCCUCGACGAGCCACAGCAAAUGGAGUCACAAACGCAAACUCAGCAGCAGUUAUAUUACGGUCUGAGUCCCCCACAGAACUUUGAUGAGGCCCCCGAGAUGCCAUCUCCCUCAUUGACUCUGGUGACCAGCAUGAGGACCCAGCUGCACAUGGCCCUGGAGAGGAACUCCUGGUUGCAGAAGCGUAUCGAGGACCUGGAGGAAGAACGGGACUUCCUGCGCUGCCAGUUAGACAAGUUCAUCUCCUCUGCCCGCCUGGAUGCUGACGACCACUUCCGCAACAAACAGCCCCCGCGUCGGUCUGAGGUUUCUGAGAGUCGGAACGGGGACGUGACAGAUGACGACAGUCUGGGUUCUUGGCUGAGUGCCAGCCCGGAAGAGGGGGGCUCCGCAGAGCAUAAGAAACAGAAAACGGGGGCAAACCGGCGGCGCUUCGUCAAGCCCAAAGUCCGCGAGAGGCAAAGGGUCAAGGAUGUGGAUGGGGUCCUGUGCCGCUACAAGAAGAUCCUGUACACCUUUCAGAAGCUGCAGAGCAUGAGCCGGGCCUUUGAGCACCACCGAGUGGACCGUAACACCGUGGCUCUGACCACGCCCAUCGCCGAGCUCCUCAUCGUGGCUCCCGAAAAGCUGGCCGAGGUGGGCGAAUUCGAUUCCUCCAAGGAGCGCCUGCUGGAGUAUUCCCGGCGUUGCUUCAUGGCCCUGGACGACGAGACGCUCAAGAAGGUCCAGGCCCUCAAGAAGAGCAAACUCCUGCUGCCCAUCACCUAUCGCUUCAAGCGGAAAACCGACUCCCCUGGCCCUGCGGCCGGCAACCCGCUGCCCUCGCCCGCCAUGCCUCCCAAGCCGCCUUUACCCAUUGCUGACGGCUACAAGCGAUGAUUUCCCAGCUCAGUAUCAGGAACCUGCUUUGUCAGCCCCCCUCGGCCCUCUAUCCCUGUUUUCAGAAUCAGUUGAGCCGCUGCCUUGUUCUCCCCAGGACUGCUCCUCCAUUUCCCAUCAGCCAUCUCCCCUACCCCCUUUUCCAAAGUCGUCUUAUAAAAAGUUUUUCGUUUCAAAAGGUUUCUUUUUUAUAAAAAUGCCAAACGCUCUUUCAGGGCAGGGUUGGCCCCACCCAUCAGGGAAGCAGGAUGCUCUCCUCUGAAGUCAAGCACUUGAGGGAGCAUCUCCUGGCCACACACUUCGACCUGCUCUUCAGUCAGUAAAGGCUCCCUGACAUCUGCUGGAUUCGUACUGUUCACCUCACUCCUGUCUGAAAACUGCCAGGGUGGCUAGCCAGAAGGCGGCGGUGGGGCAUAACAACAUAAAAGCAUCCUCCACAGAAGGGCAAGGUGAGUAGGUUUCUUGAGACAAUAGAAGUAAGUUCACGUACAGAAGAAGAGAUGGGGCCCACAGCCUUGGAUGUCACCAGAAUUACCAGCCCACACGUUUUUACUAGAUUGCCUUCCCACAUCUAUCAUUGGUGGCACAUCGACAGGGCAAGCCUCAUCUCAGAAGCUAAGCAGGGUCGUCCCUGGCAAGUACUUGGAUGAGAGACUUCCAAGGAAUACCA